CUCUGAUUUAAAACAAAACAGCUGGUCUUCAAGCAGAUUUGGAUGCUGUCAUUCGUCAUUUGGCACGCGCGUAAACAUCAGUUUUUAUUCAUGGAAAUGGCAUAAAAAUAAUUGACAACCUUGCCUUGAGAAUUGUGCGUCAUCUGAAACGCCACUAGACUGGCAGAUAUUCUAGCUCGGACGGUAUCAAAUUGGACCGCUCGACGCAUAUGGCGUUAACAAAAUUCAUUAGCCAAUCAAUCUGUAGCGCACAGUGGUUCAACCGGAAUGACCGCUGGGUUCUAGGCGACUAACCAAUCAAAUACCCUCUUGAGUGUUGGGCGAGAUGCGCGUAUUUGCAGUCUUCUAAUAGCGUUGGCAUAAAACUAGUGUUGGACAAGUCGUGUAUGUAUCAGAAGGGCGAUGCCAGGGAUAACCAGGUAUAAUUUAGUGGAUGAUGCACAGGAUUUGAGAAUCCCAAUGCACAACGAGGCGGCAUUUCAGCAUGGGGUCUGCUUCGAGGCAAAGUACAUUGGCAGUCUGGAAGUGGUUCGUCCGAACAGCCGAAUGGAGAUAGUGGCUGCAAUGAGAAGGAUACGGUAUGAAUUCAAAUUGAAGAACAUGAAGAAGAAGAAGGUCAACAUCAUUGUGUCUGCCGAUGGUGUGAGGGUGGUUUUGAGAAAAAAGAAAAAGAGGAAAGAGUGGUCAUGGGAUGACAACACAGUCAUGAUAACACAAGACCCCAUCUAUAGGAUUUUCUAUGUGUCACAUGACGCCCAGGAAUUGAAGAUCUUCAGUUACAUUGCGAGAGAUGGACAGAGCAACAUGUUCCGUUGUAAUGUCUUCAAGUCCAAGAGGAAGUCCCAGGCCAUGCGCAUUGUGCGGACGGUGGGCCAGGCCUUUGACGUGUGCCACCAGCUGACCCUGCAGCAGACAGGGGAGCAGAGCUCUGAGGAUGGACUGGACACCAAUGCUACCGAUGCAGAUGGGGAAGACGCUGUGCCAGCCAAGACGAGGUUGGCAUUGUCUGAUUCGACUGACCUUGAAGCCACCACAGAGGACAGCAUUGACUGUUUGUCAUCUGACCUCGACAAGACCAAAAGCCAGGACCUUCUUUGUAAAGAUGGGAAGGACCUAGCCCUGCAGCUGACCUCCCCCAGAACGGGGCCAUCCGUGUCGGACCUGUUGGCCGUGAACUCCCCCCGCUCAGUGGAGCACCAGGUGCAGCUGCUCCAAAGGCUGCUCCGGCAGCAGGAGCAGCAGGCCCAGGCUGCUGCAGCACAGACGUGUGUGCUCCAGGACCAGCUGUCAGUGGAGGUGCGUGCAAGGACAGACGCCCAGGCCCGUGUCCAGAGACUCCUGCUGCAGAACAAGGACCUGCUGCAGCACAUCUCCCUACUGGUCAAACAGAUCCAGGAGCUGGAGCUCAAGGCUGCUGGAGGACUCAGCUCCAUGGGCUCCCAGGACAGUUUGCUGGAGAUCACCUUCCGUGCCAAGCCCCCCCUGCGUGACGCCCCCACCAUCCCCACCUCCAUGGGCCCCCAGCAGGGUCAGCCCCAGAUCACCAAUGGCCCAUGGGCCUCCACCCUAACAGGGUCCUCUCCACCAGGGACCAGGGCCCCGGAGAGCCUCUCUCUGGGGCCUGGCGGCAGUGCCGUGAGGCUGGAGUGCUUCCGCUUCCCCCGCCGCAGGGGAGAGGAGCCCCACCAGAACCAAGACCAGGAGGGGGAGAGUCCGAGCUCAGGCGGCCCAGACGGGGACUCCCCUGUGGGUGGAGAGGAGGUCCUUGGAGCCCUGGAGCUCCUCCGGUUCCGGGAGUCGGGGAUCGGUUCGGAAUACGAGUCCAACACGGACGAGAGCAGUGACAGGGACAGCUGGGGGCAGGGCGAGGGGGCGGGGCCUGAGGGCACAGCACGCCUCUUCAACGUGCUGAACGCAGAGAGCCCUUCAGACUGUCUGGAUGAUGAGAUGGCUGUGUAGCCCUCCACAGCUCUGCUUCACUCAGUCAUAGCAUAUACAGUAGUGCUAUAGUGUUGUUGACAGUUCUCCUCCCUCCAAACUCUGCUCACAGUACUUUUGUUUGAUAUUUGUUAAUAUUUAUGAGAUAUGUGUUUAUAUUUAUUAGAUAUGUGUUUAUAUUUAUUAGAUAUGUGUUUAUAUUGAUUUGAUAUGUGUUUAGACCUAUUAGAUAUGUGUUUAUAUUGAUUUGAUAUGUGUUUAGACCUAUUAGAUAUGUGUUUAUAUUUGUUAUACUUGCUAAAUAUGUUUUUUUUGUUGCAUUGUUUACAUAUGUUGGAUAUUUUAUUAUUUGUUUAUUUUUUCUGUUUUUGUUUAUAUUUGAUGCAGUUGUUUACGUGUGUUUGUUGCAUUUGUUUUAUAUUUUUUAAUAUAUUUUGUCUCAGCACUUGACUUUCUGCUGCUGUUUCUACUCCCCUGGGCUUAUUGCAGUGUAGUUGUAGUCUGUGUCAGACUCUAUAUCUAAAUAUAUGACUCUGGUCUGUAUCAUAUAUCUAAAUAUAUGACUCUGGUCUGUAUCAUAUAUCUAAAUAUAUGACUCUGGUCUGUAUCAUAUAUCUAAAUAUAUGACUCUGGUCUGUAUCAUAUAUCUAAAUAUAUGACUCUGGUCUGUAUCAUAUAUCUAAAUAUAUGACUCUGGUCUGUAUCAUAUAUCUAAAUAUAUGACUCUGGUCUGUAUCAUAUAUCUAAAUAUAUGACUCUGGUCUGUAUCAUAUAUCUAAAUAUAUGACUCUGGUCUGUAUCAUAUAUCUAAAUAUAUGACUCUGGUCUGUAUCAUAUAUCUAAAUAUAUGACUCUGGUCUGUAUCAUAUAUCUAAAUAUAUGACUCUGGUCUGUAUCAUAUAU